AUGGCCACCAUACAACGCAAGUACACACAUGCAAGGCUCAAUCUCCUCUUCGACCUCGCCCCGCUCAGAAAGAUACGCGGCCUCACGGUGCCCCGCAUCGUCAGGACCCCUGACGCUUGCCUCACUUGCCGCCGUCAUGACUACAAGUGCAGCUGGGGACUCCCCACUUGCGUCACAUGUGAUAAGAACGGAUACGAGUGCAUCCAGCCCAUCAGCGUCACUGGCUAUGAGGACUACGUCCGCGAUGGGGACGCUCAGCAACCGGCAGCCAAACCCAACACGACCAAAAGACGCAAGAACAAGAACAAGGUCGAAAUCAAAAUCGAGCCCAAGGCAGAAGAAACCAUGGCCCAGAUCAAGCCCAAGUCCCGCUUUGAUGAUGGCGUCAUUAGCUGGAAUCCGGAUCUCAGCCCAAUAUUCCAGAAAAGGAACCCGUCGAUUCCUAUCCCAAAGAAAAUUGCCACCCACCGAUGCACCCGCCAGCCCGUACCUUUGUAUGCCUCUGGAUCGGGUUUUGGGGCUGAGCUCGGGGCCAAUGCUGGUUCUGCAUCUGCAUCUGCAUCUGUUCCCAUGACCGAGUCCGAGUCUACAUCCGAGUCUACAUCCGAGUCUACGGCAGGUUCCGAGUCUGAGUCUUCUUCUGCAUCGAUAUCGGCAGUGGCAUCCACAACUGCAUCCGGGCCUGCUCCGUCCGGAUCUGCAUUUGAAUCUGAGUUUGUGACACGCAUAAAGAGGCACUUGUUCAAGUCUCAGCAGCGUAAAUUGGAGUACACCCCCCGCUAUGUCAAGUUACCCGGCUCCAUUUCCUCUGAUGAUGUCGAUAAAGAUCAUGACUAUGCGGCUUACUACGACUAUGAGCACGAGUAUGAUCCCGAUGUUCUUCACGAAGAAGAUCCCGAGCUAUCCAAGAUAAAAUCGCUUCCUUGCAUGUCCAACCUCUACGUGGUCCAGAAUAGCUGGCAGGGUCCCGGGGAACCUCCCCUGAGCAUCCGCAUCGAUGACUACAUCUCCUACAUGGCACAUAAUCACCUAGAGCAAGGGUCCGAAGUGACACCUCUACCAUUGAGCUUGAUGGCUUCAUGCAGCUAUACCGCAAGUGACACUCUUUUUUACUAUGAGAAGCGCCCAGCCAACUGUGGUGUCGCCGAUAUUCCCGAUAUCAACCCGGUUAACCCCAAGCUUGUUCGGUUGGGCUAUGCCAACCCAUUGGCCCUGCAGCUCAUCAUUGCUCAGCGAGCUAACCAUCGUGAGGUGUCUUCCGCCUUCUUGCCCACGGGAGAGAGCGCGGAGCGCUUUUUGAGGGAUGCUAUUGCCCCAUUUGGUCCCAAGAUUGAUCGCUAUCUGGCUGGUGGCGAACAUGAAAUGCCCUCCCUAUUUGUUGCAAGCAUCGUUGUAGCGCUCGUCGAAAGGGCCCGACUCGACACGCUCUCCCAGGCAUACGACCAUCCAACAGCAGCCAAGGCCAUCUUGAACAGUCUCCAUAGGCUCAAUCCAGAAGAAAUCUUCAUCAACAUGCCUGAAUAUCUGAUAGAGUACUACAUGCACACUGUAUCCUUUGCUUGCGUUGCUGCUAAUCCCAUCACGGCUACGGGGGCUCCAUUCAUCAGUGCGCCGCAAUUAUCAUUUGUCGAUGAGAUGGCGGCCAAAGGUUACGCCGGUAAUCUUUGCAGAUCCUGGCUCGACAUAUUGGCCACUAUUCCACAUAUUUUUAGGCUGGGAGCCAUCAUGUACCGUCGGAAACUUGGUACAUCUACAUUUGAAGAUGCAUCCGGCGAGUUUCUCGAUUUUGCUGAUAUAGAAGACAGGCUUCAGGCCUCUGCUCUGUGCGAAGACGGAAAAAAGCGCACCUACAAUUGGCAAAAUGUUGCCCUUUUAUUCAAGAUUGCCGCCACAUUAUACCUGUGGUCUCUCUUGGAUGAGCCUCUCCUCCAUAACCCAAACGUUGCUACCAUACAUGAAGACACCGAGCUCCAAGAUGAGGAUUAUGAGUACAACGAUCCGGACGAGCGGCGACAAAGAUUGCACAAAGUCUUAAUGAAGCAGAUAAUUGGGCAGGCUGAACGCUUGCUGCCCACUAUUGAGGUGGAGAGUCACUUCAAUCUCUCCCUCACUUGGCCUAUGCUUAUCUUGGGAUGCUUUACCAAAGAUAGAGGCACAGAAAAGUUCAUCGAGCAGCGCCUAAUUGCCACAGCAAACCAAUCUAGCAUUGGCAACUCACUCGAGACUUUGUUCAUCUUAAAACACGUCUGGAGUCUGCCGAUGAGAGAGCGUUCCCCAUGGAGAAUUUGGCAGUAUGUCCAGGACUCUAGGUGCCGAGAUUGUACCUGUCCGCAAUGCACACCAUUUCUCUUUUAA